CUGCUGCACAAGAAUCCCCCACGACGACGUACGAACCCCAACCAACAGUUGGUCUGUAGGCCAUUCGGCGAAUGUGAACCUUGUCCCGCCGACGCACUGCACGAACCCUUCUGCCAACCAUUUGGCAACCGCCGCCUCAUGCACUGCUCCGCUCCUGAUCCCGAUCCCAUUCAUACAUGGUAUCCACAUCCGACAUCCACAUCACUCCCCGUCCCCAGCAAGGGCGAGACACCCGCUUGGCAAUCAUGCGGCCGCAUCCCUGCGCAAGAACGCAGAGACUUUUAUGAAUUCGUAGGGUGUAAUUUGUUCUUUGCCACGACCUCUCUGGUCAUUGCGCUCCUGCGUUCAAGACUCAUGGAAGCGCGGCAAGCACGGAGACUUGCCGUUCGAAUAGGGCUGGUGAGAGGAUCAGGAUCGGAUAUACGGUAG